AAAUGAAAUUAUAAUAUGUAGAGAGUGAAGACAACAAUUAACAUAAUUAUGUAAGUGAAUAUAUUUUAAGAAAAAUUCAUAUAUGUUGUUGGAUCAAGAUAAAAAAUCAUAUAUGAAUAGUGUUUGUUAUUGUUAUGUAUUGGAAAACGUUACUGAAAUUACCUUCCAUAACUAAAUUUUGAUUCGAAUGAGGCAAUGAUCCAAAUGGAGCACAAACUACUCAAAAUAUGUCAGAGUUGCAAGAGCCUGAGAGAGAUGAAGCAGACCCAUCUUCAGAUUCUCAUCCAUGGCUUCCAAGAUAGCAACUUUACAGUACCCAAGCUCCUCACUGUCUCCUCUCAACUUGGUUUUAUCGAUUAUGCUUUCAGGGUAUUUAGAAAUACUCAUUUUCCCAAUGUUGUUGUUUACAACACACUAAUAAAAUGCUUUGUAGGCAAGGACCCUUGUGGUUGUAAUUAUGCUUUCCAUGUUUAUGAUCAAAUGAAAGUCUUUGGUGUUGCUCCUAAUAGUUUCACAUUCACUCUCAUUCUUAGGUGUUUUGAAUCUUUUGAAGCUUUUAAAUAUGGUGAAGUUAUUCACUGUGAGAUUGUGAAAUUGGGUUUUUGUUCUAGUGUCUUUGUUCAGAAUACUCUCUUGGAUUUCUAUGCUAAAUGCUGUGAAAAUUUGGAGAACGCUUGCCAAGUGUUUGAUGAAAUGCCUGAAAGAGAUGUCGUUUCUUGGAAUAGUAUUAUUACUUCUUAUAUGGCCCGUGGCGAGAUAGAAUCUGCAGUAAAAUUGUUUAAUUCUAUGCCAGAGAGGAACAUUGUGACAUGGAACUCUGUUAUUUCUGGGCUUUCCAAGGCUGGAAAUAUGGAAUUGGCUUGUAUAGUUUUCGAGAAAAUGACAGAAAGAAAUGAGGUCUCCUGGAACUCAAUAAUAUCUGGUUAUGUUCGAUUGGGUGAUGUCAAAUCGGCAAGGUGUGUAUUUGAUGACAUGCCAGAGAAAACUGUGGUUUCUUGGACAGCCAUGGUUUCGGAUGUCAAGUCGGCUAGGAGUAUAUUUGAUCAAAUGCCAGUUAAGAAUGUUGUAUCAUGGAAUGCUAUGAUUGCAGGUUAUGUUCAUAACCACAUGUUUGAUCAAGCUCUUCAGAUGUUCAGUCAGAUGUUGAUAGACAGAAACUGCAGGCCCGACGAAACUACUUUGGUCAGUGUACUGUCGGCUUGUUCUCAUUUGGGAUCUCUUGAACAUGGUAGAUGGGUAGACUCUUAUAUUAAGAGAAGUAAUUUUAGCUUGUCCAUACCCUUGGGCAAUGCUUUAAUGGAUAUGUUUGCAAAGUGUGGUGAUGUUGAAAACGCAAAAGUAAUCUUCCAUAAGAUGCCUAAAAGAUGUAUCAUCACGUGGACAACAAUGGUUUCAGGUCUAUCUGUUAAUGGAAAGUGCAAGGAAGCAUUAAACCUCUUUGACUCAAUGUGUGGUGCAGGGGUCAAACCAGAUGAUGUCAUCUUCAUUGCAGUUCUAUCUGCUUGCACUCAUGGAGGAUUUGUAGAAGAUGGUAAAAGGAUAUUUUGCCAGAUGGUAUCGGAGUUUGGUGUAAAACCUUGAAUCGAGCAUUAUGGUUGCAUGGUUGAUCUUCUGGGUCGAGCAGGGAAGUUGGAAGAAGCAGUCGGGUUUGUAGAGAGCAUGCCCUUGGAGCCAAAUGCUGUUAUUUGGGCUACUCUAUUAGGUUCGUGUAAGAUUCAUGGCAAUGAAAACUUGUUAGACUCUGUAACAAAAAAGAUUAUUGAACAGGAGCCUUCAAACCCGAGUUACUUAACUCUAAUUUCAAAUUUGAGCGCAUCAGUUGGACGGUGGAAAGAUGCGUUGACAUAUAGAAUGGCAAUGAGCCAACAAGGAGUUGAAAAAGUUCCCGGUUGCAGUUCAAUCCAAAUAGGGAAUGUAAUUCAUGAGUUUCUAGCUAGAGAUACAAGGCAUGAAGAAAGAAAGGAUAUCUAUGAAGUUCUAUAUUGUUUAAGCAAACACUUGGACACAUCAAGUGAUGAAACUUUGUGACUUAACAUGAUCAAGUUUCUCUAUGGUUAUAUUGAUGAAUGAGAACAAAAGGGUUGGAUUUUACCCCAUCUCUGUUAAGUAGGCCUUGUUAAAAGAAAAAUUCAUGUGAAAAAGAAUCUCUGCAUUGCGCUUUUUAUAUUUACAUUACCUUGUUGGAGACUGGAUGUGAAAGGUGUACCACAAGGAAAAGUAGAGAAGAAUCAGCAGAGACAUAAUAACAGAAGAUUUGAAAAUGCAUAAUGGAUAUGGGUUCAUGCUGAGACAGUUAAAUGGUCAUUCAAAGAUUAACAUUCCCCAUGAAAGUAUUUCUUUUUCAUCUUCAAGAGAUUGGAGUUGUCACCACUAUUGUAAAUUAGUGAAGCUAUGUCCAUAAGAUCGUAGACCUCAGCAUUUGCUUAGUACUUUGUGUAAAUGCACCAAAGUCAAGCUGUUUGUCAUCUGCUUUUGAAGGCUAAAUAACUAGACUAGUAGAAAUUGAGACAUUAUUGCUGUAACCGGUAGUCAUUUUCUGAUCAGCUUUACAGUAAAGCAUGGCACCGGUUUGCUCUUUGUACACUCGCAUCCGAUACUAAUAACAUUUUAACUUUCAGAUGACAUAAUCUAGUUCUGGCUUAUCUGCAAUUAUGAUUAAACAAUGUUGUUCAUGGAUCCUAAUUUCUCAUUCUAAUUAUUCAUUUUGUUUCACUAACAAGUUAGGAAAGUUCUUGUAAAUUGUAAUUGCGGAAACGAGCAGGAAACUAUAUGUUCUAGUGUAUGAAAUCAUAUAACGCAGAAGAGUGUGAGACUCGUUCAUCUGUCUACACAACGGCUAGUGCUCUAACAAUUUUUAUUCGAGGAAACUGUAUUAUGUCACCGAAGGACUUGGAUUUAUUUUUUAGCUAAAUAUUUUUGUAAUUGAUGUCUUUGUUACUUGAUGCAGCAGAACUGUAGGAAAUUUUCAAAGUGAAAGGACAAAUGAAAAUGAUGUUUUAGUUUGAACA